AUGGUUUCGAUGUCUGCGCUCCUGGUUCUGACGGUGGUAGUCUUCCUGGUUCAUUUUGGACAAAGCGAUAAGAAAGCCACAGCGCAGUUGGUGCCACUCGAAGCCAAUGCUGACACUCUCGUCUACCUCCAAGUGGCAUGGCGGCACGGAGAUCGCACUCCGGCUACGUCGGUACCAUUCAAUGACGCAUCUGCAUGGGAGGAAGGCCUGGGAGAGUUGACACGAAAGGGAAUAGCAAUCGCCUUGGAAGUGGUGUUGCGAGCUCGCAUAUGGCAGCCAUGGUUUUGGCAAUCGUUUCGGACCGCAACGCCGGUUUUCGUGCGCAGCAGUGAUUAUAACCGAACCAUAAUGUCUGCGCAGGCAAAUAUGGCCGGGCUAUUUCCGCCUUCAAAAUCGGAGAUGUGGGAAGACAAUUUGCCUUGGCAGCCAGUCCCUGUCCAUUCUGUUCCGAGGGCUAUCGACAAGGAACUCUAUGAAGAUAUCAGUUGCCCAACCGCGAACGAAGAGUUCUCGACGUUAUGGCGUUCCGAAGUGGUGAAGCGUAUGGAGAUUGAGAACGAGGAUUUCAUUGAGUUUCUCAAAGAGAAGACGAAAAUUCCAAAUUUUGAGUUUCGCAAGCUCUGGAUGGUAUUCGAUAAUCUUUUUUGUAUGAAGCGUAUCAUACGAUGCUCAUUCUUGACUCAGCAUGACAACACGCUCCAAACAGAGACAGCAUUGCCUAACGUCGGACCACUGCUGAAGGACAUCAUAGAGCGAUUUGAAGCGAAAGUCAAUGGUGUUUUGGGAGAUAAGCCGAAGCUGUAUGCUUAUUCGGCGCACGACACGACGCUUGCGGCCAUGUUGUCUGCCAUGGGAAUAUUUCCGGAACAUUUUCCGCGUUAUUCGAGUGCUGUACUUCUUGAGCUUCACAGGAAGAAUGGACAAUUAAUAGUAGAGGUAUACUACAAGAACGUCACUGAUGUUGACAGUUUGUAUCACUACAAUAUACCGGGAUGUGAAGACCCCUGUACACUCGAUGCAUUCAAAUCAGCUAUGAAUAGAUACCUCCCAGUCGACUGGAACGCGGAAUGUGGUAUAGGUGGCCCGAAUGUCAAAAAUUAUAUGAUUUCGACGGCAGUUUUGGCUUUGACCACAUUGCUGCUAGCUGGUGUUCUCAUAGUGGAUGUGGUGCUGAAACGAAAGCGUCGUUUCUCAGUCGUAAACAAUCCGUUGAUGUUAGAUGAAGAAGAGCCUUAA